AUCCGCCGCGCCCCGACCGCCGCCCGCGCGGGCGCCCGCGCCGCCCCCCGCCCCGGCCAACGGCGGCGGCCUCGCCUCGGCCGCGGCUGCCAGGAUGUGGUCGAAGAUGUCCUCGGACCGCUUCGGGGGCAAGGCAGCCCCCGCCGUGCCGGGCCCGGGUUCGUACGACCUGCCCCCGACGCUGGACGACCACGGUGUCAUCAUCCGGUCGAGCAGCGAGCGCUUCUUGGACAUCGCGACGGAUUUUUCCGACGACGCGCUUCGCGUCCACGAGGACCUGGCGGAGCCGGUGAACCUUCGGCUUCCCACUCCGAGGACGCCGAGGACGCCGAGGCGGGCCCUGCAGCUGCAGGGCAAGGAGAACAGCUCGGCGGUGAACAGCUCCCUGGGCCCCCGGGGCGAGGCCGAGG